GGCACCGAGUCGUCUGGCGGAACAGCGGGCACCGAGUCAGUCUGGCAAGACAGUGGGCUCCGAGUUAACAGGCACGGCAGUGGGCACCGGGUCAUCAGGUACAGCGGAUUGUCUGGGCUCGACAGCGGGCACUGGAUCGGGUCACCAGGUAUGACAGCGGGCAUCAGGCAUCAGGUCAUUUGGCUUGCAGGCGGGCACCGCGUCAUCUGGCAAGGCAGUGGGCACCGGGUCUGCGGGCACUGAAUCAGGUACCAGGUCUGGAUCAACAGCGGGCAUCGAGUCAACUGGCCUAAUAGGCGUCGGGCUGGAGUCAGUUCAUCAGGCUGAGUAGAGGCAUCAGGCUGAGUGCAGGCAUCAGGCUGAGUAGAGGCAUCAGGC